GCUGCCGACGCUAGCACCGAGAGCCUGAUCAGCGGGUGGGGACUAGUGGAGGAAGGGGAGAGGCCAGCAGCGAAGAAGGUCGUGGACUUGCCUCUCGUCUGGAGCGCAGAGCACGCGCACAUGCUGCAGUGGGCGCACCGAGGCAGCGAGCCCUUCCUCAAGCGUCUCGAGAACCUUGGGGUUAGUCAUGCAGUCUACAAGGAAUACUGCAAACUGCAGUUGGACUUGCAGGUGGCAUACGACGCGUGGGCAGUACUGAGGGGGGACUUGGACGAGGAGACACUGAGGGAGAGGUGUCAGCCUUUGGUGAAGCUGGAGCAGCUUCAGAGUGUCGUGGGCAGCAUGAAAACCUUCCACUGCCUGCACACCUACCGCCAGUGGACCAAGCUGAACAGGGACAAAUGGGCAGAGGACUUCGUCAAGGUCAUCGUUCUCAAGGGCAAGGAUCAAAACUCUCUCGCACUCCACAUCAAUCAUCUUGAGCAACUCCCCAGUCACGCUACUAUCAAGUCCUUCAUUCUCGCCAUCAAAUCGAACGACCUCGCCAUCCUCGCACCUCAAUCUCACAUCGCCUGGCCCCUCUUCACUCUUCGGCCUCCAUAUCGCACUGUAUUCAGCGUCGGCGAUGGCACCUCAAUCGAGGAGCACGUCAAGGAUUCUAUCGCAAAGGCCGCGGACCUACGUUCGGCCAUCGUGGCAACGGGCGACGUAGCAGCCUCAAUCCUCCGCAAGAAGUACCCCUCGCAGCUGCUUACCGCCUUACUGCACGUUCUCCUUAGCGGCGACCGCAUCAAGCUGAGCAACGUCCACCAGCUCGAGGAGAGCCAGCUGAUGGCAAUUCUAUGCGGUCCGUUCGCCCGCUCCGUUGGAGUCAUCACGGCCACCACCUUCAACAAGAAGGACUUGCUCGACAAUGAGCACCUGGUGACCAUGAAGGAGGGCGGAGAGAGGAUCACCGCGCAGGUGGCAAGAUGGGAGGCGGAGCAUCCUGAAGCGGCGAGGGAGCGCUUUGAGAGGCUCCAGGGGCGCCCAAUGAGGAAGGCGCAGUACAUCGAGCAGAAGGUCAUGGGCUGUGCCCAGAGGCACGUGAUGGAGGGCAAGAACGGCAUCAUUCCGGCAGAGAAGUUGGGGGACUUCGAUGCCAUCAAGAAGGUGCUACGGCCCUUCAUCCACAGCAAGUGUGCAGAGGGCUGCACUUGCUACAUUUGCAAGACCCCACUGACCUUCAUCAAGGUCUACAUCGGUCUCAACGCCUCCCCUCCCCCAGGCCCAAGCACACUCCCGCCGACGCCGCCGCCACCGCCACCACCGAGAAGGCCAAGAAGAGGAACAAGAAGCACACGGCCCCGGUGAUUUGCCCCGCCAACAUGUGGGUUGAUGCCAUCCGCCCACGCAAGGAUGGCUUCAGCUACGCGGAGUAGGAUGAGGAGGGGUAGCGAUGGGAGGUUUGCGACUGGAACAUCGG